ACGCGUGUUGAAUGUUUGAGUGGUGGCUGUUUGAAGUUGUGAUAGAAGCUGAAGUAGGCCAUGAGAUGUGUGUGACAUAUACAAACUUCCGUUAAUGACAGUGAAUGUGUACCUAGGAAAUGGUAGUUGGUGUAACAUGGUUUGCGAUAGUUGUUGUGCUUUGUUGUCUCCUAACUCUAUUUUCAGAUGUUACAAGGAAGAUGAAUAAUGUACAUUAUGGACAACAAACCGAUAAUUACAUAUUCUGGAGAUAAAGCAUUGGUUUCUAGUCUUGAAACCCUGUUAGAGAAAGGAAUUCCUCAAGAAUCUACGGAGUGGAAGAGAUCAUAUGGAAGAGCCGUUAAAAGUGUAUUUAUUGAAGCCAAAUUUAUUCCUUUUUCGAAGGAAAUAUUGCCGAAAGACUCAGAUUGGCACUUGACUAAGCAACCAAUCUUCCAUACAUUUUGGACAGAUUGUUCUGACGUAGAUGUGUACAAAACUUCCGUUCGUGAUGACAUUGAGAACUGGAUGAAAAUUCUAAACCAGCAUAACAUUCACGACUGGUUAAUUGUGCUUGUCGAAACUUAUGAUGUAAAGAAAACUAACAAAUUGCUACUUAGAACGUCCGUAUUGGACAAAAUUAGAAGUGACUUUGCAUCGAAACAUGCUGACAGGUGUUUAUCUGUCAUUAAUCCUAUUCGCUCAGAGUCCCGUUCUGCUGAAUCUUGGCGGGGUAUGUUGACAAGAAUUAGAGUACUGGUUUUGGCAGCAUACAAUAGGACAUUGAUAAAGUUUGAAGAAGUAAUUAGGGAACAGAGAGAACGAAGAAAUGAGCCUGGAUGGAACUUCUGUCAUUAUUUUCUUUUGCAGGAAGAAUUAGCAUUUGUGCUUCAGAUGCUUGGUUUACAUGAUGAAGCACUAGUACAAUAUGAUGAGUUGGAUGCCUUAUUUACUCAGUUUGUCUUGAACUCAAAUGUUGGAGACACACCUGCAUGGCUUAGUGACUUCCAGAAGCCGUUUGAUAGUUGGUCCAGCAUUGUUUUGAGCAAACAGCUGGAUGUGGGACGGCGGUGUCUACUUACGGAGUGCAGAAUUUCUUUGCUAGACUUUCGUGGCUACCUGUUUUCACGUCAGAGUGCAAUGCUCCUGCUGUUACUCCGACCAGGAGAGUUAGCAAUGCGUGCACUUCAGUUCCUACACAUGUGUAUCAGAGAGCUGGAAAUCCUAGAAAUCUCUACACCACCAGGUGCUGUAGCAUGCUGGGUCUUCCUUUGUUGUCUUGAAGUCUUGCAGACAUGUGAGAGUUGCCCAGGAAGUACAGAUUGUGAUAGUGGUGAUUCCUAUCCAGUGCAUGCAGCAAGCCUCUGGGCCUAUGCCCGUGAUAAGCUGAGAGAACUGGGUGAAUUGUGUGGACUUACGCCGGGUUUGGAACCUACAAGUGAGCAGCUUCAUACUGUAGUGCUACUUUCAGCUGGUAUGGGAGAUCCACCUCCAGGCAUCAAACAGCCAACGCCCACUGACAAACUGAAAGAAGCUCUUUCAUCAAAAGAAGCUUUUAGGAAACAUUAUCUGGAGCUUGCUGAACUUGCAAUGGGGACAUUCAAACAUAUUGGUAGAUUUCGUUCAGCUCGCAUGGUUGGCAGAGAUCUUGCUGAUUUUUAUAUAAAAAUGGAGGAGCCACAUAAAGCAAGUGUUUUUCUUGCUGAAGCAUUUUUACAGUAUGAAGAGGAAGGCUGGUUGAAGUUAGCAGCUGAAACACUGUUGGAACUUGCUUCGUGUUAUAAGAAGACUGAUAUAGUUGACAGGUUUAUCAGAACCUGUGCAAAAAUUGCAGGUGCAAAAGAUCUGAAUUGUCAGACCAGAAUAUUCUAUUUUGAUGAAAUGAUGAGUGCGCUUAUAAAAUUUAGUAGUGAAAAUCCAGUAACUACACAGUUGUCUGAUGCCUUUCAACUUAACAGAGUUGAAAUAAUAAAAGCAAGCAAACCAAUUAUUAAACAUUCAGUUGUGGAAGUAGAGUUUGAGGUGGAGAGCUUACUGCCUAAGGAGGUGUGCUGCAAGAGAGCAUCAGUCCUAGUAAAUGAAGUUAGAGAAACUUUGAGGCAAAGUGGGCUACCAGAUCCUCGUCCCCAUGAGAUGGUUUCUGAGAAAAAAUCAAAGCAGCAUAGUGAAGAUGCUAAAGCAUCUUUAAAACUUGUAGAUAGGUACAUUAAACCAGAAGCAAAUAGUGAAAUCGCUCAGAAGUUGGCUAUGCUGGAACAUCUAGAUUAUAAACAGGACAAAAAUCUUGCUUCCGCCAGCGUUGUUGCGAAAAACCCAAAACAGUUCCUCAGGAGGACAGAUAGUCAAGGAAAAUAUAAGAAAGUAAAUGCAGCAGUAAAAAGUGAUUUUAUAUGCGAGUUCAGUUUAGACAAUUUCACUUUAUAUCCUGGAGUCAACACAUUUGUAUUGAAAGGAAAGGCCCAACAAAAGGGAAUUUAUCAGCUUGGUCAGUUGUCUUUAAUGGUGGAAGGAAAACUGGAGUUUCUGUCACCUAUCAUAUUACCUCGCUUAAGCUUUAGAGUAGUAAGGGAACCUUCAUCAGUUAGUCUUAACAAAGGUGAAAAGGAUCUGCUCGCAGGACUGGAACAAGAGAUGGUACUCACAGUUUCGUCAGGAAGCUUUUCCAUUGAUGAGGGAACAUGCAUUCGAUUAAGAACUUCAAGAGGCUUGUGUAUGCAGUUAAAGGACAGCAGCGAACCUCUCUCAAAUGAGGUGACUGUUUCUCUACCUGAAGCACAGCCAUUUGAAACAAAGUCAAUGCUCAUGAAGGUAUUGGCUGACAUGCCUCCAGUGAAGGACAACACUGCUGUAGAGCAUAAGGUGAGCUUGCAUUUACCUUGGACAUCAGAAGAGAAGAAUAUUACUCUGCACUUUCAGCCAUCUUUCAAGACAUCAUGCCGUCUUUACACAGAACAUGCUAACAAAUUCAUUCAAAUUGUUGUAUGUGGUCUAAACCAGCAGAUGAUUGAAUUGAAGGAUCCAGAGCUCGUAAUUAAGGGGAAUAAAGAUCAUUCAUUGCUUUCCCAUAAUCCUACUGCUGGGCAGAAACUAGUGAUAAAAACUGGACUAAAGUGUUCAUUUUUAUGGGGGCUAGUGCUUGGUGACACUGAUGAUACACCGCCUAUCAAGACAGAGUUUUCAAUCAAAUAUAGCCCCAUAAUUGAUCCACUGAAACGAAUGAGUAGUCCAGAAUUCAAACCAUAUUCUUGUAGCUUUGAAAUAAAAGAUUACAAGACACUGUAUGAAGUCAAAUCACAGGUUGAACCUUUAAAAGGGAACGAAUUUUGUCGGGCAGGCAGCAUGUGCCAUCUCCAACUGCAUGUCCGCCGAAUUAAUCCUAGUUCUCAUAACUCCUUAAUGUAUGAAGUACUUGCUGAUCAAACUAUUUGGGCUGUGUGUGGAAGAACAGCUGGUGUUAUAUCUUUAGAAGACUCAGAUAAACAGAGUGUAACAUUGGAUGUUAUGCCUCUGAUUGGAGGAUAUCUACCACUGCCAUCAGUUCGCCUGUCUAAGUACAUCCCUGCAGAAAAAAAGUCACCAGGAACAAAAGUUCAAGGUCAGAAGAACAAAAUUGAUGUGUCUCCUGUUCACCCAAGAUUGGAACCUUUCAGCCCAGGGCAAGUGUAUAACAGCAGCAGUGGUGAACAGAUUCAUGUUCUGGCUGCAGUAACACCAGCAAUGUUACUGGAUUCUGCAAUUCAUCAGUAGUAAAUUCUUUUUAUACAAAUUUCUUGCCAUGAGAAGUGGGAAAAUUUGCUGUCACAGAGUACUUUAUUAGCAUCUAGUUCAUGUUGAGGAAAUAUUGGUGUAACAAUGGCGUAACAUCAGAAACUUUACUCAUUACCUACUGCUUGUCCAUUGCACUUCAGAUUAAUACUCAGAGAUCUGUGCAACAUUUUCAUAACUUCUUUCGAGACACUAUGUGCCUUUUUCUGGCUAAACUAACUAAUUCCAAACCUAACUGGUUGUACACUUUAUAGAAAUCUGAAAAUGGAACUGACAGUUGAAUUUGCAUAUGCAUUGUGGAAUUUGUACGACCCCUAAUCUCCAUGUUGUGUUGAUACAUUACAAAAGAAGUUUCCAAAAAGAGCAAUUUUAGUAUAGUUAGUAGCUUUGCAAUAAUGCAGAAUGUGCAAUGGUAUCAGGACCUAAGAACUUUCAAAGUUAUAGUUCUGAAAGUGUGUGCCACAACUAUUUGUGCCAAUGUUCUACUGUAAAGUGGCAGGCAUGAAACAAUGAACUAGUUUUAAUGUUACUGUAACAUUUGUUUAUGCCUCAUAUGUGAACAAACAGUGUGUUCAUUAGCAGUGUAUGAUCUUAAUAUUAGUGUUACUGUAAAAAGUACAAAUGUACGAUGCAGGAGUGUGUGCAAAAAGUUACUUUGUUUAUGAAUAGACCUAUGCUAUAUGACUUGACAAAUACUCAGUGUUUUAUUUUCAUGCAAUUAGUGUCAUCUUUCAUUUAAGUUAAUGGAGAUAUUUACAUCAUACUCAGAUUCAUCAUUCUGUAUAAAUUUCUUCAUGGACCCUCACUGACUGUCCCUAAAUAUAAAUAGAGUGUGAGAAAAAAAUGAUUUUCCAUGGCAAAAAAGGUCUUAGAUGUGCGUUGACCAUGACUUUUGAUAUUACCUCUCUGCAAAUAUAGGUAAAAUUUAAAGAAUGAUAUUAUGCAGUAUGUGCAACUGCCUUGUAAAUAUUCUCGAAUGUAUUAU